CACAUUCCACACUCCUUGGCCUCUCAUCUCAUUUCUCCUCUCUUUCUCCGAAAAAAAAAAUCAGAAUUAAAGCCAAAAAAAAAAAAAAAUCUGAUCGUGUAAUCAAGAUAGCCUCCGCUCGAUGGCCGCAGUCGCCGCCUGCAGCGCCCGCGUCCUUCCCCUCGCGUUCCGGUCACCUCCCAACCGCUCGCUUCUCCGCCGGCGGGGCGGUGUUCGGACUCCGACGAGGCCCUUAGCGGCGUGCUCGACGUCGUUUCCUUUCGAGGGGAGGGUUGGAUGGCACCGGAGAUUGGGACACGUGUCGCUGCUCUCAUUUGGGGCGAACCCAGAUGCAGGGCUUCUUGGUGAUAAGGCGAAUAAUUCAUCUGAUGCUGAUUCUUCGUCCAAAUCCCUGUCGGCGAUGUUGCCUUUCGUGGUGGCGGCUUCUCUUGCUGAAGAUAUGGGGAUGGUACUCAUAAAUAUAACUAAUGAUUGUUUUUUCUAUCUGUUCGCUAGGGUUUCAAAAGACUAUUAUGCUCCUGCCCUUGGAGGGAUCAUGCUAUCUAUUGGCAUAAGGCUAUCCCUUGAUGAUUUUGCCCUCGCCUUUCAGAGACCUUUGCCGCUGACUAUCGGAUAUAUUGCACAGUAUGCGCUUAAGCCUCUGUUGGGCCUGUGGAUAGCUAGGGCAUUCAAAAUGUCUCCUAUAUUCUAUGCUGGUUUUGUUCUUACUAGUUGUGUUGCUGGGGCACAACUCUCGAGUUAUGCCAGUUAUUUGAGCAAAGGAGACGUGGCAUUGAGCAUCUUGCUAACAAGCUCAACAACAAUUUCUUCUGUCAUCGUCACCCCUCUUCUAACUGGCCUCCUAAUUGGCUCAGUAGUUCCAGUUGAUGCGGUGGCAAUGUCAAAGUCAAUCUUGCAGGUUGUCCUUUUUCCUGUGACUGUUGGCCUUGCUCUCAAUACUUAUGCCAAAGGUGUAGUGAACGUCAUCCAACCAAUUAUGCCUUUCGUAGCCAUGAUCUGCACCUCAUUGUGUAUCGGAAGCCCUCUUGCUAUUAAUAGGAGGCAGAUCCUAUCAUCAGAAGGUCUCUCUUUGCUUCUCCCGAUACUAACGUUCCAUCUUCUCGCCUUCGCAUUUGGUUAUUGGUUAUCCAGACUGCCCUCUUUGAGGCAAGAGGAGCCAGUUUGCAGGACGAUAUCAUUAUGCACGGGCAUGCAGAGCUCGACCCUGGCUGGGCUCCUGGCGACUCAAUUCCUCGGAAGCAGCCAUGCGGUCCCCGCUGCGUGCUCAGUCGUAGCAAUGGCGAUCAUGGGUCUGAGCCUUGCUUCCUUUUGGGGCAGCGGGUCGCGGAUCAGAGACAUCCCCUCGUCGUUUUCUUCGAAACCCAGCUCAGAUGCCAAUUCUGGAAGCUGAUGAUACGGUAAAACUAGCAUAUAUAGAAUCCAAUUCACUGACCUUUUCUGACCCGCAUAUGAGAAGCUUGCGUAGCAGUCGAGCGUAUAAAAGCCAGCCUCAAGACUUUGGUGACCACAGAUGCGCACGGGGCAAGAGGAUUUCGAGGUUGUUACCCAGCGAUCGAAUGAAGAAGCCAAGUGAGGCUUGUAUGUUUACCGUGAAAAAAUUACAGCAAAAAUUUCCAACUCCUUAUCUUUUACCGAGGUCAUUAGUUUGACCCAUUCUUUCCCGAUUCAA